AUGCCGCGCGGCAGCCACAAGGGGGGGAUAUUCCCCGUUUCCGGUCUGCCUUGGGGCAUGAACCGGCCCUACCUGAAGAGAGGACUCUAUCAGCAUCGGCGCGACCACAUCUUUACUCCGCGAUGGGGCACACGGACGGCGAAUUUCAAUCCCUCGCCCCUCCCUGACGGCGGCACUCGCAAGUGGGAAAACGACGCCUUCAAAGCCUGGCCUCUAAACGGCGUCCCGCACCACGUGAAGCUCUACGCGGUCAACGAGGCGCGCUACCUGGUCCCCGCCGCGCGCUGCACUGCAGGCCCCGAGGUCACGCAAUACAUUCUCAAUCAGCUCGAUCCUGGCGGCGCCGGCCGCACCUUCAGCGGCAUCGGCAGACCAGAUGUCCGCCUCGCACUCGCCAAGCCGGCGGCGCCUUCCACGACGCACCUUCCUCGACACCUCGUCAAUGUCGCGCGACACGUGAUGGGCGAGGCUGGAGAGCGCGCGCGACGCAAGAAUCUUUCCUACUCUUCCUCUCUCUCUGAGGAGGGCUUCUCGCCCGACGUCUUUGACCCUUUCGGCACGCCCAUGCAAGAAAGAAGCAGGAUCAAGCGUCUAUACAACCUGGUGUGCGAAGCGGACUCCUGGCGCGUGAAGGCCGAGGUGCGCGGCGGAGGGCGAGCGAGUUCGUCUUCAGAUUCCAUCAAUGCGUUUCCUUACGUCGACGAGAAAGCCGCACUCGUUCGCGACCUGCCCCUUGCGGAGAUCCUCUACUCUCGGCACAGCCACCGUCUGCAGAGUCGACGCCACCCCUUCUGGGUCGACAAUGGCUACAAAAAGAGGCGCGUGCGUAUUCCCUAUCUCUACAGGCGCCGCGUGGCGAAGGAGGAGGCACAGGCGAGAGAGUUCGGGCUGUCGCGCACGCAGGGCUCGCAGAUUUCUGGAGUUUGA